CAUAUCUGUAACAAAAUGAGCAUCGUACAGAAAGCUUCAGAAAAAAAUCUAAAGUGCAUCGAAAUCCCAGCCCUAAUGAUCACCAUAGAAACAAUGAACACCAACAUUAUAAAAUAUACAUUUACAUAUCAUAAACGUUAUACAAUUGUAACUGUUUCGUUGAUUUUCAAUGUUAUGUUUUUUUUUUAAAUUAUACAUAUAUGCUUUUUAGCCAAUAUAACUAUUAGAAAUAAUUAACCACUACAACAAUGUUCAGCGACAGUCCAGUGGAGGUAAUUGGGUUUAUUCACACCGAAAUGCAUAGGAAAGGGAAAACAAUGGAAAAGAUAUGUCAAUACAAUGGGUUGUUUACUGAGGACAAAUCGUGCGAUACUAAUGAUAUGAAAACUAUAACAACACAAACUGAUGAAAUCGAGGAUUUUAAUGUUGGAAAUGUUGAUUUUGUUGCAUUAAAUGACUGUUUAAAAAAUGGCUUAAGAAUUUUAGAGAUUGAAUGUAAAGGUUGGCCAAAAAUGAAUGAUUAUUUAGAAACACCCGAUGAAAACAUAAAUUAUGAUAAAACUAUUAAAAUACCUCUGUACCAACAUCCUUCAUUUAGAUCGAAAAAUAUAAGUGCACUUUGUUGGAAUUGUAGUGGUAACAAGAUAAUGAUAGCUACUGGUGAACAAUGUCAUACACAAUGGUGUAAUCAUUUAAAUUCAGUAUUUGUAUACUCUUUAUCUGACUUAGAAAAAGGUGAAAAUACCGUGAUUAACAAACUAGAAGUUACAUCUUGCGUAACAUGUUUAGCCACACAUCCAAUGAAUGAACAUCUUUUGACAGCUGGCUUAUACAAUGGUGAAUUAGUUGUUUGCAACACAAAUGAAAAUAUGACUAUGAUUUCUCUUGAAUGGCAUUCACAAGCAGUAUCUAAAUCAUUGUGGUUUGUAAGAUCUGAUCAUCGAGUAAUAUUAGUAACUGCUGGAAAAGAUGGGUAUGUUUGUAUAGGAACAAUGGUGAGUGACAAAAUAAAAUUGACCCAACGACUAUGCAGGUACAUCGUUGGAGUUCCAGGAAAAAUUGGCAUUCAAAGUUUCGAUUAUUCAGAUAGACAUUUUUUAGUAGGACUGGAAAAUGGGAAAAUCUCGAGUCAUUUAUGUGAAAUUACAAGAAACAUUAAAGAAAAUCAAGUUUUAGAAGCAGUAAAAGUUAAAACUUAUAAUGGAAAUUCAAUAAUGAUUGAAAAUAUACAAUUUUGCCACAAAAAUACAAAUAAAUUUAUCAUCACACAAUUUGAUUGUACAAUGCUAUUAUAUGAUGUAUAUCAAAAAGAUCCGGAAAAAAUUAUUUUCAAUCGAAGAAUAAUAACUAGACUAUGUUGGAGUUUAAAAGAUGAGUUUACAGUAUAUAUUGGUGAAGAAAAUGGAGAACUUGCUAAAGUCAAUCUCUCAAAUGGGAAAAUAAAUUCAAUAAAAAAAAUUAAUGUAACCAGCAGUUUAAUUUCCAUGAAUAUAAAUCCUAGAAAAAACAUUAUUGUGAUUGGCACAAUACACGGAGAAAUAUAUAUAAAUAAAUAUGAAUAG